GUCCCGGUAGCCUCGGAUCUGCGGCGGUGAUGGAUGAGCCGUGGUGGGAAGGGCGCGUCGCCUCGGACGUCCACUGCACCCUACGCGAAAAGGAACUGAAGCUGCCUACCUUCCGCGCCCACUCCCCGCUCCUGAAGAGCCGUCGGUUCUUUGUAGACAUUCUGACCCUGCUGAGCAAACACUGCCAUCUGUGCCCCUCAGCCCGGCACCUGGCCAUCUACCUGCUGGACCACUUCAUGGACCAAUACAAUAUCACCACCUCCAAGCAGCUGUAUACUGUGGCUGUUUCCUGCCUCCUGCUGGCAAGUAAGUUUGAGGACAGAGAAGACCGUGUGCCCAAAUUGGAGCAGAUAAACAGUACGAGGAUCCUGAGCAGCCAAAACUUUUCCCUCACCAAGAAGGAGCUGCUGGCCACAGAACUUCUGCUCCUGGAGGCUUUCAGCUGGGACCUCUGCCUGCCCACACCUGCCCACUUUCUGGACUACUACCUCUUGGCCUCCAUCAGCCAGAAGGACCACCACUGCCACACCUGGCCCACCACCUGCCUCCGAAAGACCAAAGAGUGCCUGAAGGAGUAUGCCCACUACUUCCUGGAAGUUACCCUGCAAGAUCAUAUCUUUUACAAAUUCCAGCCUUCUGUGGUCGCUGCAGCCUGUGUUGGGGCCUCCAGGAUCUGCCUUCAGCUUUCUCCCUACUGGACCAGAGACUUGCAGAGGGUCUCGAGCUACUCCCUGGAGCAUCUCAGCACAUGUAUCGAAAUCCUGCUGGUAGCAUAUGACAAUGUCCUCAAGGAUGCAGUUACAGUCAAGAGCCAGGCAUUGGCCAUGGUGCCUGGCACAUCACCAGCUCCCACCCAAGUGCUGUUCCAGCCGCCCGCCUACCCUGCGCUCAGCCAACCACCGCCAACACUAGCCCAGUUCCAGAGUCCAGCACAGGACUUGUGCUUGGCUUAUCGGGACUCAUUACAGGCCCAUCGCUCAGGAACCCUGCUCUCAGGAGACACUGGUCCAUCCCUCCACACCCCAUACCCAACCCUCCAACCCUUGGAUAUGUGUCCUGUGCCCGUCCCUGCAUCCCUUAGCAUGCAGAUGGCCAUUGCAGCUGAACCCAGGCACUGUCUUACAGCCACCUACGGAAGCAGCUACUUCAGCGGGAGCCAUAUGUUCCCCACAGGUUGUUUUGACAGCUAGGUCACAUUUGGACCACAUGGAGAACCCUGGAAGACCCAGACUGAAGAAGUGAGCACCUAAGAGGGAGAGUUCAGCCAGGUGAGGCAGAGAACCUAGUACCCUUCAGUAGUGAGGGUCUGUGUGCUUUAAACAAACAAACAACCCAGAGCCAACAUCCAGGGACAUACCUCACCCAACAGCAUCUCUCUGGAAACCUCUUCCACGAGUGCCUGGAGGACAAAGAAGUGACUGUGGCCAUUCACUCCCUUGAGUUGGGGGAUCCAGUGGAGCACAUCAGACCUGAUGAGAGGCUUGGACAUUGAGGACUGCAUAGAGAUCAGUAGCACAUCUGGACUUUUCAAAGACUACUUUUCACAGCUAUGUCACUGAAAAAGAAGAGGCAGUUGGGCGGUGGAGGCACAUGCCUUUCAUCCAGGCACUCGGGAAGCAGAGGCAGGCAGAUCUUUGUGAGUUCGAGGCCAGCCUGCUCUACAGAGCAAGUUCCAAGACAGCCAGGGUUACACAGAGAAACCCUGUCUGGAAAAACAAACAAACAAAAGGAAAGAA